AUGGAAGAGGCAUCCCAAAAAACAGUCACAAAAACAGAGCUGACUUCCGAUGAGAUAGCUCUCUGCCGGGAGCUGCUGCUUAAGCUGAAGAAAAGCACACACGCAGGGCCGUUUCUGUAUCCAGUGGAUCCGCAGAGGCUGAACAUUCCAGACUACUACGAAAAAAUAAAGGAGCCUAUGGAUCUCUCGACAGUCUCAAAGAAACUUGAUGCCAACGUUUACAAAAGCACUGAUGAGCUGAAGGCAGACAUAAAUCUCAUGCUUUCCAAUUGCUAUACAUACAACCAGUCUGACACUGCGGUAUGCAAAAUGGGGCAGGCGCUGGAAAAGUAUUUUAAACAGCUCCUGCAGAAAGGAGCACUUGUACGGAAAAGAAAGGGCGAAGAAGAGGCUGAGAAAAAGAGAAAGGUUAAGACAGAUAUGACUGAAGAGGAGUAUGCAAAGUGCCUAGAGUCUCUUAAUGAGAUAGUUAAGGCAAAGUACAGAAGAAUUAAUUGGCCAUUCCUAGAGCCUGUAGAUGAAACCCUUGUCCCAAACUACUACACGCUGAUCACACAUCCAAUGGAUCUAUCUACAAUGCGCACAAAGCUUACAGGGCAUCAGUAUUCAGGAAUAGACGAGUUUUUGAAUGACUUUGACACAAUGGUAAACAACUGUCACUCAUUCAACGCAGAAGGAACAGAUGUGUAUGUCUGUGCAACAAAGCUAAAUGCACAGUUUAAGCAAAUCUUUGACCAGAAAAAAAAGAAGCCUGAUGACACAUCGGGGCGAAUUUCUAUGCUCCGUGGGCUGAUUACACAGUAUGAAGCAGAGCUUAGGAAGCUGGAAGAAAAAACAGGCACCGAGACAGUGGAGUUCGGAUACGAAGAAAAACUGAAGUUAAAGAAAAUGAUCGAUGCAAUUCCUCUUGCUAGACUGGCUCCUCUGCUGACCUACAUCCAGGAGAAUGUGCCCCAUGUUAUGUUCUCUGAACUUGAUGUUUUAGAAGUGAAUCUGGAUGUACUCGAUCAGAAAACACUAAGAAGUCUUAGCAAUGUUGUACGUGAGGCGCAUGUAGAGGUCCAAAGAGUGGAAAGUGACUCAAGCAGUGAAUGA